GCACUUGGGCGUUGGACCCCGCAUCUUAUUAGCAACCAGGGAGAUUUCUCCAUUUUCCUCUUGUCUACAGUGCGGCUACAAAUCUGGGAUUUUUUUUUAUUACUUCUUUUUUUAAAAAAACUACACUUGGGCUCCUUUUUUGUGCUCGACUUUUCCACCUUUUUCCCUCCUUCCUGCGCUGCUGCUUUUUUGAUCUCUUCGACUAAAAAUUUUUUAUCCGGAGUAUUUAAUCGGGUCUCUUCUGUCCUCCUCGCCACCCCCACCCCCUCCCUCCGGUGUGUGUGCCGCCGCCGCUGUUGCUGCUGCUGCUGCUCGCCCCGUCGUUACACCAACCGAAGGCUCUUUGUUUCCUCUCUUGGAUCUGUUGAGUUUCUUUGUUGAAGAAGCCAGCAUGGGUGCCCAGUUCUCCAAGACCGCAGCGAAGGGAGAAGCCACCGCCGAGAGGCCCGGGGAGGCGGCUGUGGCCUCGUCGCCUUCCAAAGCAAAUGGGCAGGAGAAUGGCCACGUAAAAGUGAACGGGGACGCGUCUCCCGCCGCCGCCGAGCCGGGCGCCAAGGAGGAGCUGCAAGCCAACGGCAGCGCCCCGGCCGCCGACAAGGAGGAGCCCGCGAGCGGCAGUGCCGCGACCCCCGCCGCGGCCGAAAAGGAUGAGGCUGCCGCGGCCACCGAGCCGGGCGCCGGCGCGGCCGACAAGGAGGCUGCGGAGGCCGAGCCCGCCGAGCCCAGCUCCCCGGCCGCCGAGGCCGAGGGCGCGUCCGCCUCCUCCACGUCGUCGCCCAAGGCGGAGGACGGGGCCGCGCCGUCGCCCAGCAGCGAGACCCCGAAAAAAAAAAAGAAGCGCUUUUCCUUCAAGAAGUCCUUCAAGCUGAGCGGCUUCUCCUUCAAGAAGAGCAAGAAGGAGUCGGGCGAGGGCGCUGAAGCAGAGGGAGCGACCGCGGAAGGCGCCAAGGACGAGGCUGCAGCCGCAGCGGGCGGCGAGGGGGCCGCGGCCCCCGGGGAGCAGGCAGGCGGGGCGGGCGCCGAGGGCGCGGCGGGCGGAGAGCCCCGGGAGGCCGAGGCGGCGGAGCCCGAGCAGCCGGAGCAGCCGGAGCAGCCCGCGGCGGAGGAGCCGCAGGCGGAGGAGCAGUCGGAGGCGGCGGGGGAGAAGGCGGAGGAGCCCGCGCCCGGCGCCACCGCGGGCGAUGCGUCCUCCGCCGCAGGGCCUGAGCAGGAGGCGCCCGCUGCCACCGACGAGGCCGCGGCGUCCGCAGCCCCCGCCGCGUCGCCGGAGCCGCAGCCCGAGUGCAGUCCGGAGGCGCCCCCCGCGCCAACGGCCGAGUAAGCUCCAGAGCCCUCACGCAAUUCAAGAACUUUUCCCCCCAGUUUGUUUGUUGGAGUGGUGCCAGGUACUGGUUUUGGAGAACUUGUCUACAACCAGGGAUUGAUUUUAAAGAUUUUUUUUUAAAUUUCACAUUUUUUUUAAGCAGCAAAUUUUUUGUUUUUUGUUUUUUUUAAGCCCCCUUCCCCACAGAUCCCAUCUCAGAUAGUUGUUUCCACCAUUCCGACAGGCCGAGGACGUGUUAGACAGCUUCCUCUGCCUUCUUUCUUUACUUUUACUUUUUUUUUUUUUUUUUGGCAUCAGUAUUAAUGUUUUUUGCAUACUUUGCAUCUUUAUUAAAAAAGUGUAAACUUUCUUUGUCAGAUCUAUAGACAUACCCAUAUAUGAAGGAGAUGGGUGGGUCAAAAGGAAUAACAAAUGAAGUGAUAGGGGCCACUAUGGGAAAUUGAAGCAGUGCAUAACAUUGCCAAGAUAAUAUGCCACUAAAAUGGUGGUGGGUGUAAAGGCUUAGGGUUCUUGUCCUUUCUUUCUUUCUUUCUUUCUUUCUUUCUUUCUUUCUUUCUUUUUUUUUUUAAAGAAAAAUUAUUACGAUGUAUUUUGUGAGGCAGGUUUACAACACUACACGUUUUGAAUAAGAAGGAAAGAGAAAAAAAUAAAAACACCAAUACCCAGAUUUAAAAAAAAAAAAAAAGAUCAUAGUCUUAGGAGUUCAUGUAAACCAUAGGAACUUCCUGCUUAUCUCAUGUUAGCUGUACCAGUCAGUGAUUAAGUAGAACUACAAGUUGUAUAGGCUUUAUUGUUUAUUGCUGGUUUAUGACCUUAAUAAAGUGUAAUUAUGUAUUACCAGCAGGGUGUUUUUAACUGUGACUAUUGUAUAAAAACAAAUCUUGAUAUCCUUCAGAAGCACAUGAAGUUUGCAAGUCUCCACCCUGCCCAUUUUUGUAAAACUGCAGUCAUCUUGGACCUUUUAAACACAAAAUUUUAAACUCAACCAAGCUGUGAUACGUGGAAUGGUUACUGUUUAUACUGUGGUAUGUUUUUUGAUUACAGCAGACAAUGCUUUCCUUUCCAGUUGUCUUUGAGAAUAAAGGAGAAACAGAUCUUCAGAUGCAAUGGUUUUGUGUAGCAUCUCGUCUCUCGUGUUUUGUAAAUACUGGAGGAGCUUUGACCAAUUUGACAUAGAGCUGGAAUGUAACGUUGCUUACAAGCAUUGCUAUUCAACUCCUGCUUAAGGUGUUCUAAUUUUCUGUGAGCACACUAAAAGCAAAAAAAUAAAUGUGAAUAAAAUGUACAAAUUUGUUGUGUUUUUUUAUGUUCUGAGGCUGACUUCUAGGUCUUAGAUUAAUUUUUUAGGAAGGCCUUGCAUGCCAUCAAAAGUACAUUUGGCUGUGGUUUUUGAUAAGAAGUUUUCAAGCUCAGAAAUUCAUAAUCAGUGUCAAAUUAAGUAUGUAGGAAGAUCUUAUACUGUGUCAGUUGUUACCAUUUACCUGCUUUUAGUUAUAGCAUGCGAGAAUAAGUCCUUUAAGACAAAAGUGGCUUGACCCUAAGACUUUCAAAUGUCUUAUGAGACUAUUUCAUAAACUGUUUCCUUGUCAUUGCAGGUCCAGAAAGUUACAUUUUAUAAUCAGGAAGAAUGUGGAGUUCAGACUGCACAUAAGUCAUGAAAAGAUGGCCAAACCUGUUUAAAUGUUGAUGGUUUAUGUAGUAUAAGCCUUAGCGUUUGGCUCGUUUCCAAAGUGUUCUUGAACUGAUAUGCUAUACUUCAUGGACAGGUUUCUAUAAGGAAGUAAUGGUGUUGAAUGGACUUAUUGUCAGUUUGGGCCAUUAGCAUAGCUGCAAGCUUGGUUUUGUUUUUGUUUUUUAGUCAAAGUGUUAGCAUCUUUUAUUCAAAUGAAAAGAUAAUCCUUUAUAUAUUAACUCUUACUAGUUUACUUUCUGCUUAUUUUCCAUCUCAUAACUGGAUAUUUUUACUUUACUGGACCCUAAACUGAAUUCUUUUUAUUUUUUACCAUUGCUUUAUUAAAUGCAAAAUAGUCUACCUGUUGUGCUCUUUUCUUGAGUAGAGUGCAGGGUGGAGUUCAGGGUAAAGUUGAACCACUCUGGUGGCACCUCAAUAUUACAUCGUAUUAAAAAAAGAGAUAACAGCAUUAGCCUUUCAAUAAUGUUCCUCUAAUUGAAAUAAUAGAUCAAAAUUAAUGGAUACUUUUCUUUCUAAAUAUCCUCCCUGAUAAUAAAACCAAGUAACACUUGAAAGAAUAAACUUGACCCUGAGUUUCUUGAGGUUUUGGAAGAUUAAAGUCAAACCUGGUAACCAAAGGACUGAGUGGUGGGUCGUUCCCGCUUUAACCAACUUGUUUGAGAACCCCUAGUUGGCCAGAUAUGGUGCCUGGUAUGUAGUAGGACUUAACUGAAAUGGGUUUUAAAAAAAUAACUCCUGAACUGAGUAGUUAAAAAUACUGUGUAGAAAAGUAUUCUAUAUUGCUAGGUUUGUUCUUUUAACAGCUGAGAUUUAUUAAGAUGCAUUAUUUUGAUUUUAAUCACUGCCUAAAACACUUUGGGUGGUAUUGAUGGAGCGGUGGAUUUUCCUCCAAGUGGCUAAAUGCAAUUUGACAUACUUUUCAUCCAAAGUUUUGUACAUCCUGUUGUUUUCUAAUGGAAAAAAAAAUGUUAAUAUGGCUUUUUUGUACUACUAAAAAUAGCUUUGAGAUUAAGGAAAAUAAAUAACUCUUGUACAGUUGAGAAUCGUGUUAUUAAGUCUGUAUUGGCAGUGUGUGCAGUGGCCUUUGCUGUGGUUAUGAACACUCUGGAUUAUAAGAAUCAUUUGGUCCAAUUCCUAUUGCUUGUAAAUAAAGUUUUACCAGUUGAUAU